AUGUCAACAGAUCAAGAGCAACUCGGCGACACCAAGGUCUCAAAUGGCGAUCAAGCUCCAUCCUCUCCUUCUCCAACCAGUGACCCCAUCACUGUCCAGGUGGGCGAGCAUCGCUUCGUCGCCUUCCGCUCUACCUUGACUGGCGAAAGCCCUUAUUUCCAGAGACUGCUUUCGACACAAUGGGAGCGACGACAGGCAGAUGGGUCUUACUUCGUGGAUGCCGACGGAUCUCUCUUCACCUACGUUCUCCGCUACCUUCGAUCAGGAGCCCUCCCAUUGUUCUACACCAGCCUCACCGGACAUGAUUACAGCAUGUAUCAGGCGCUGCUGGCAGAGGCUCAAUAUUUCCAGAUUGCACAGCUGACGGCCUGGCUGAGGAACAAAACAUACGAAAAGGCGGUGAUGCUCGAAUACAGGGCCGAAUUGUUCGAGGGAGCUCGAGAGCUGACCAAAUCAUGCUCCUCGGACGUGCAAAUGGAGUACAAGACCGCCUGGUUGACCAAAAAGGUCUAUGUCUGCCCCCGGGACAUCGUCGGACAUGAAGACCCCGGUGCUUGCGGCAGGUUGUGCAAGAGAGCCAAGGAUUAUGAGGAGGAUAAGUUCGUUGAGGAGGACGUACUGAAAACCGUGGUUGUCUCGAAGAAGACUGUAUUCGAAGCUGAACUGUGUCUUCCGCAUUGA